AUGAGCGUCAGGAGGGGGAAGAGGGGCAGGAGGGGCAGGAGGGAGGAAGAGGGCAGUGAGGGGCAGGAGGGGGAAGAGGGCAGGAGGGGCAGGAGGGGAAGAGGGCAGAGGGUCAGGAGGGGGAAGAGGGGGCAGGAGCAGGAGGGGAAGAGGGCAGAGGUCAGGAGGGCAGGAGCGUCAGGAGGAGGGGCAGGAGCGUCAGAGGGGCAGGAGCAAUCAGGAGGGGGAAGAGGGCCAGAAGGGGAAGAGGGAAAGAGGGCGCAGGUCGGAGGGCUCAGGAGGGGGAAGAGGCGGAGAAGCAGGGCGAUUAGAGGGCGAUCAGCGAGGGGCAAAGAGGGGAAAGGGAGGAAGAGGCAGGAGCGUCAGAGGGAAGAGGGGCAGAGGGAAGAGGUCAGGAGGGGUAAGAGCGGCAGAGGGGAGGAGCGUCAGGAGGGAAGGACAAGCUCAGGGGGAAGAGGGUCAGGAGGGGAAGAGGGCGGAGGAAGGAGCGUCAGGAGGAAGAGCUGGCAGGAGGGAGAGAAGGGGCAGGAGAAGGGCUCGGAUGGGAAGGAGCGUAUGGAGCUGGGUUCAGAGGCAGAGCAGGACAGGUAG